AUGAAGCUCCUCCUGCUCGCCUGCAUGGUGGCGGUGGCCGCCGCCUCGUCUUCUUCCUCGUCCGUGAGCAUCCGCCGCAACGAGCAUCACCCGGGCCUGCUCCCGGUGCACAACCAGAACGUCUACUACGCCAGUGAGCACGGCCCUUGCUACGGCCACGUCUGCAAGUCUUUCCUGCAGAACAGAGGUUACGACAACCUCCAUGGCGGCUUCAGAGGCGGCUUCGGCGCCCACGGCCCCGGCUUCGGCGCCCACGGCCCCGGCUUCGGCGCCUACGGCUCCGGCCUCGGCGCCUACGGCUCCGGCCUCGGCGCCUACGGCCCCGGCCUCGUCGGGGGGCCCGGUCUUUAUGGACACCACGGCAUCGGAGGACCGCAUGGGGGAAUUGGACCGGCAUACGGAUAUCACUAA